ACAUGCCGAAAUUUAGUUGCCCCACGCAGCUACAGACAUACAUACCUUCCCUUCCCUUCUUCUGCGGGCCCCACCACCACCUCCACCACCGCCACCAUCAAAAUCCCCACCUUCGACUCUGAGUGAGGAGCCUCGCCUCGCGAGUCGACCGGAUCCGCACCCGUCGCACUUUCCGGGUUUCGGAGGAAGUCGGAGUUAAGGAGUAGCGGCGAUGAAGGUGGCGGUGGAGGUGGCGGACGCGAGCGACCUCAUGCCCAAGGACGGGCACGGAUCCGCGAACCCGUUCGUCGAAGUGGAUUUCCAGGGGCAGCGCCAGCGCACCCGAACCAAGUUCCGCGACCUCUCCCCCUCCUGGAACGAGACCCUCGUCUUCAACCUCUCCGACCCCUCCCUCCUCCCCUCCCUCCCCAUCGACGUCACCGUCUACCACGACCGCCGCGCCGCGGCGGCGCCGGAGGGGGGAGGAGGGGGGCACCACCGCAACUUCCUCGGCCGCGUCCGCAUCUCCGGCGUGUCGGUGGCGCCCUCCCCCGCCGAGGCCGUCGUGCAGCGGUUCCCCCUCGACAAGCGCGGCCUCUUCUCCANGAGGCGGAGAAGAAGAAGACGAAGAAGAAGAAGGGUAAGCCGAGCAGCAGGGCGCAGGAGGGGGAGGCGGAGGGGAAGGAGCCGCCGGCGCCGGCCCCGCGCGUGUUCUUCUCCGGGCGCCGCCCCUCCUCCCGCCGCCGCCGGCGCGCAGAAGCCCCCGACCAACGUGUUCUACGACGAGAAGCCCGCGCGGGCGGUGCCGCCGCCGCCGGGGGCGACGGUGGUGCAGGCGCGGCCUCCGGGGGGCGCCGGAGCGCCGGGGGCGCCGCGGCCGGAGUUCGGGCUGGUGGAGACCCGGCCGCCGCUGGCCGCGCGGCUGGCCCGCAGCGGCCGGCUGGGCGCCCGGGACAAGAUCUCGUCGACGUACGACCUGGUGGAGCCGAUGCACUACCUGUACGUGAGCGUGGUGAAGGCCCGCAACCUCCCCGCGAAGGACAUCACCGGGUCCCUGGACCCGUACGUGGAGGUGAAGCUGGGGAACUACAAGGGCAUCACGAAGCACCUGGAGAAGAACCAGAACCCUGUGUGGCACCAGGUGUUCGCCUUCUCCAAGGACCGCAUCCAGGCGAACAUGGUGGAGGUCACCGUGAAGGACAAGGACCUCGUGAAGGACGACUUCGUGGGGCGCAUCGUCUUCGACCUCACCGACGUGCCCCUCCGCGUGCCCCCCGACUCCCCGCUCGCCCCGCAGUGGUACAGGCUCGAGGACAAGAAGGGCGACAAGCUCACCACCGGCGGCGGGCCCGAGCUCAUGCUGGCCGUGUGGAUCGGCACCCAAGCCGACGAGGCCUUCCCCGAGGCCUGGCACUCGGACGCGCACUCCGUCUCCCUCGACGCCCUCGCCAACACCCGCUCCAAGGUCUACUUCUCCCCCAAGCUCGUCUACCUCCGCGUCCUCGCCAUCGAGGCCCAGGACCUCGUCCCCGCCGACAAGUCCCGCCCCAUCGCCCCCUCCCUCAAGAUCCAGCUCGGCCACCACUCCGUCAACCCCGUCUGGAACGAGGAGUUCCUCUUCGUCGCCGCCGAGCCCUUCGACGAGCCGCUCGUCAUCACCGUCGAGGACCGCGUCGCCCCCGGCCGCGACGAGCCCCUCGGCCGCCUCACCCUCCCCGUCUCCGUCGCCGUCCCCCGCAACGAGCACAACAAGCCCGUCGAGCCCAAGUGGUUCAGCCUCUCCCGCCCCACCGCCCUCCUCGACGAGGAGAAGAAGGAGUCGACCUCCAAGUUCUCCAGCAAGGUCCACCUCCGCCUCUCCCUCGACCUCGGCUACCACGUGCUCGACGAAUCGACGCACUACAGCAGCGACCUCCAGCCCUCGUCCAAGAACCUCCGCAAGCCCAGGAUCGGCAUUCUGGAGCUGGGCAUCCUCAGCGCCCGCAAUUUGGUCCCCAUGAAGGCCAAGGACGGCCGCACCACCGACGCCUACUGCGUCGCCAAGUACGGCAACAAAUGGGUCCGCACGCGCACGCUGCUCGACACGCUCGCGCCGCAGUGGAACGAGCAGUACACUUGGGAGGUCUUCGACCCCUGCACCGUCAUCACCAUCGCCGUUUUCGACAAUUGCCACGUCGCCGGCCACAACGGCGGCGGCGACGUGCGCGACCAGCGAAUCGGCAAGGUCCGGAUCCGGCUCUCGACCCUCGAGGCCGACCGGAUAUACACGCACUUGUACCCCUUGCUGGUUCUCCAAACCUCCGGCCUCAAGAAGACCGGCGAGCUCCACCUCGCCGUCCGGUUCACGUGCACCGCGUGGGUCAACAUGGUGACGCUCUACGGGAAGCCGCUGCUCCCGAAAAUGCACUACGUGCAGCCGAUCUCCGUCCUCCAGCUGGACUACCUCCGCCACCAGGCGAUGCAGAUCGUGGCGGCCCGGCUGGUCCGGGCGGAGCCGCCGCUCAGGCGCGAAGUGGUCGAGUACAUGCUCGACGUGGAUUCGCACAUGUUCAGCCUGAGACGGAGCAAGGCCAAUUUCUACCGCAUCACGUCUCUCUUCUCCGGCAUGGCGGCGAUCGGGAGAUGGUACAACAGUAUUCGGAACUGGCGGAAUCCGAUAACUACGGUGCUCGUCCAUGUCCUCUUCUUGAUACUCGUGGGCUACCCGGAGCUGAUCUUACCGACCAUCUUCCUCUACCUGUUCAUGAUCGGCAUAUGGAGCUACCGGUUCCGGCCGCGCCACCCGCCGCACAUGGACACAAGGUUAUCCUACGCCGAGAUGGCGCACCCGGAUGAGCUUGAUGAGGAGUUUGAUACGUUCCCGACGUCCAAGGCGGCGGAUGUGGUGAGAAUGAGGUACGAUCGGCUGCGGAGCGUGGCGGGGCGGGUGCAGACGGUGGCGGGCGACCUUGCGACGCAAGGGGAGCGCGCGCAGGCCCUCCUGAGCUGGCGGGACCCACGGGCCACCGCAAUCUUCAUAAUCAUCUCCCUCAUCAUAGCCAUAGUGCUCUACGUCACGCCGUUCCAGGUCAUCGCGGUGAUCGUCGGGCUCUACCUGCUCCGCCACCCCCGGUUCCGGAGCAAGAUGCCCUCCGUGCCGUACAAUUUCUACCGGAGGCUACCCUCAAAGUCCGACAUGCUGCUCUGAGCUCAAACUUCGAUUCAAACAAGCAAAAUUGGAGGGAAUUUGUUUUAAACAUAUAUAUAUAUAUAUAUAUAUAUAUAUAUAUAUAUAUAUAUAUAUAUANCACAUAUAUAUAUAUAUAUAUAUAUAUAUAUAUAUAUAUAUAUAUAUUCAUUAAUCCUCAUCUUUAUCUGAGUUUUAAGGCAUAUGCUUGAUGAACUAAUCUAGUAGGAGAGUGGCCCAAGAAUAAGGUAUCCAUUGCGGAUGGAUACGAAGGGAAAGGUGUGGAUUUCGGAGGAUAUGCAUGUGCUGGAGGAGAAAGUGCUUUUCUUUUGGCCAGAAAAGCAGGAUUAGAUGUUGGUAUCUAUUGGUGGGCUUCAUCACUAGUCUCAAAAGCUCUUUUGUCACGCACACACAAUCUGGGUUUUUUGUGAUGAUUGGAUCAUAUGAUUCAUACCCUGUGAUCACCAUGUUCACUGCAGCAGCAGAUUGUUGCAGUGUGAGAGAAUAGAAGGAAUCAGAUUAAGUUGCAGUGGAUUUUGCGAAGCUUUUCUGGGACAAUUUGGGAUGGGGAGGAGGCCCAGUUGCUCUCUAAUAAAAGCUUCAAUCCUUUUAUUUCUAUUCUUCUUUUUUGUAUUAAGAAUCAUGUUAUGUGGCCCUUCAAUCUGUAUAUUCCUUCUGUAUAAUAUGAGAUGUGUGAGUUAUAUAUUCACCCUCUUGUGUAUGUUCUUUCUCAUAAAGCAGAAUAAAGUGGUGGUGGUGGUUUUGUUUUUUUAAGUA